AUGGGUUUUAUGGAAUUAUACCUGGAGAUUGACCCAGUCACUUUAAACCUCAUUAUUCUCAUUGCUAGCUACGUGAUCCUGCUCCUGGUCUUCCUCAUCUCUUGCGUCCUCUACGACUGCCGAGGCAAAGACCCCACUAAGGAGUAUGAUUCAGAGCCUCUGGCCCCACAGCAGCAGGCUCCUGUUCAGCUUGUGGCGAACUCUCCACCAUCUGCCCAGUAUAACAAGAAAAACAACAGUGGCGUCAACAGCUAUGUGCCACCCACCCCUGAUACACAACAGAAGAGGAGCACACUGGUAUAA